AUGGCAUUUGGAUCUUCAGCAGAGCAUGAGCAGCUGUCCAUGGAAAAGAUGCCGUUGAAUUUUCAGAGCAUGAGCAUGUCAACCAAUUUAAACUGGCUUAGGAAGAAGCGGCUCGAAGAGAGGCAAGACGAAGCGAGGCAUACCCUCCGGCACCGCAGCUGUGACCCUCAAAAUGUGGGGCGAGUUGUGACGCGUUGUCACCUUCCAUCAAGAGCAGAAAAAGGUUCUCAGCAAGCAGGUCCUAGUGGAUUGACGCUCAAUUUCUUUCCUUCGAGUGUCUUUGAGCGUCAGAGGAGACCGACGCAGCUCUCCGGAGGGCGAAGAAGGAGACAUGCGCUGGACGGACAGAGAUGUCAGCGCCGCAAGGAUUCCAUUUGGGAUGACUUGCCCCAAAAGGCACAGUGGCAAGCAACCAACGUGGAUGGCCAAAAUCGGAAGGUGACCUCAGUGACCUCCACCGAGCCGCGGCGGGUGCGAGAGGGAGCCGAGGACGCCCUUUGGGACGAGGUCGCAGGAGCCAAGGUCAGCUCAGAUGUGGUGACCAACGUGAACGAAGUCCCAGAGGCGCACAAGAAGCACAUGGCUGACAGCGAAAAAGAGAAAGGUAACGAGGCUUUCUACUCCAAGGACUACCAGGAGGCAGAGGCUUACUACAGCCGAAGUCUGCAGUACAUGGCAGAUGAUCCCUCCACUUGGGCCAAUCGUGCCUUGGUGAGGCUGAAGCUGGACCAAGCACAGGAUGCCCUGGAGGACUGCGAGCAUGCAUUGGCCUUGAAUGGAAGUCAUGUCAAGGCACUGCAUCGAAAGGGCAAAGCACUCUAUGAGCUUCAACGCUACAAGGAUGCUGUCCGUGCCUUUCAAGAAGCCUUGCUGCUCUCGCCCGGCAACUCGCAGAUCAAUGGCGAUCUGAUGGUGGCUCGUCGGAAAUUGCGGGAUGACGAAGCCGCGCCAUGCACCGAGCAAAACGGGAAAGGUCCCAAGCAGCUGGUUGAUGCCCCUAGCAUUGCCGCUGUCCCUCUUCAAGCGGGUUACACGCGCGUUCAGAUUGAAGAGGACAGCGACAGUGAGGAGGAAGAGAAGCCUGCCAAUGCUGAGAAGAAGGGCGGCAGCGGCGGUUUCCAGAAAAUUGCCAUCGAAGAGGUGAGUGGCAGCGAAGAUGAAGAAGUGCCAGGCCGAUUCAACCCACCCCCACGCGUUGCGCCACCAGUGACGGCCGGGGGGUUCGAUGCGAUGGACUGA